UGCCUCGAGAUUUGUCAAGAUCACGGUCUCGGUCGCCCUUGUAUAGGCGUAGACAUUCGCCGUCUCCUGUAAGGCACAAGCAUGGGAGGAGGAGCCGGAGGGACAGAAGCCAGUCGCCAUAUUCAUCUUAUUCUUAUAGCAGGUGAUCCCGUUUAUGUUCAUGUUGUUUGUGUUAAUUUGUUGACAUACAAGAUACUGUAAGGAAUUUUGUAAGAAAGGCUGGAACUCUGGAAUUUGUUUUCGGAUUGGAAUUAUAAAUUCUUCAAGUUUAUUUGUAAGCUACUUAUUUGUACAUCUUCUGGUUCUCUUUCGGAUUUACUGGAAAGAUUAUGUAGAUUGCUUUUCUAGAAUUGGAUCUCGGACAAGAAUUUGAUAACAAGUGGCUAUUAUAUUUUUGAAUGCGUCAAAUUGAAGGUGCUGCUGCAGUUGAGGAUGUACUGUUGGCAUUUUCUAGACUGGUGCUAUCAGUGUCAUUUACAUUGCGGUUUAAUCUUCUGGUUGUCUAUGUUUUGUUAUGCGUGUGGCACUUCUCUGUUCAGAUUGGCACCACUGCCUGAUUUUUUGAGUACCUUCAGGAUUAUAGAUUUGUGUUUAAUGACCACCCGCAUUAUAAAGAAGUGUAGCUGAAUUCUUCCGAUGAUGUUUUAUGGUGUAUUAUUCAAUAUCUUCUAUGAAAUUAUCAACUCUGAGCAUUUGACAUGUGGGGAACUUUCCUUUUGAUUGGUAAAUUGGAAAUAUCAUAUAUGCUAAAUACAAAAUCACUUGGAGCAAAGUAUAAAGAACUCUAUGACAGUGAUAGGAAGCAUGCUCUUCGUUAGAACAUUAAAGACAGUUUUUUCCCGUCACUUGAGAUGGGAAGUGAGCAGGUGAUGGGUGCCGAUGGGUUCCUUUCGUUGCUUGAUUGUAACCUUAUCUUCUUCAUGUCAUAAAUGAUGGAGCUCAAUGCUUAUCUUAACAAUGUAUGAGAAGAAAGAGUCGUUCCAUUAGUCCACGGCGCUACAAAAGCCGUUCUCCAACUGCAGGACGUCAUAAAAGUCGUUCUUCGACUCCAAAGCGUUAUAAGAGGCAAAGAAGUAGGAGUUCUUCAUUGUCUCCUACUCAUAAAUCAUCUAGCCCAAAUCUUGGGUCAAUAGACCUCAAAAAUGCUAGUGAGAAACUGAAUAAAGAAGAGGAGGAGAAGAAAAGGCGUCAGCAAGAAGCAGAAUUGAAACUCAUAGAAGAAGAGACUGCCAGAAGAGUGGAAGAAGUGAUUCAGAAAAAAGUCGAAGAGAGCUUAAAUUCUGAGGAAAUCAAGCAGGAAAUUCAUAAGCGGUUAGAGGAGGGACGGAGAAGACUUAAUGACGAAGUUGCAGCUCAACUUGAAAAAGAAAAGGAAGUGGCCCUUUUUGAGGCUAGGCAAAAAGAGGAGCAAGUUCGAAAAGAGAAAGAGGAGUUAGAAAAGAUGCUCGAAGAGAACCGGAAGAAGGUUGAAGAAGCUCAGAGAAGGGAAGCACUGGAACAGCAGCGGAGGGAGGAGGAAAGAUAUCGGGAGCUAGAGGAGCUUCAAAGACAAAAGGAAGAGGCAAUGAAGAGGAAGAAGCAACAGGAGGAGGAAGAACGUUUGAACCAGAUGAAAUUACUUGGAAAGAACAAAUUGCGACCGAAGUUGUCUUUUGCUCUUGGCUCAAAAUGAUUGAACUGGAGAAGUUGGUCCAAGUUUGUAUUUGUGCUGUCAGUCCAGUUUUGAACUUUAAGUCUAUUGCAGUUUGUUUGGGGUUCAAACUUGUACGCCGAGGGUUGAUUCGUGAUCCGCCAGUGUCGCUCGACUUGGCACGAAUCAAUUAUCAAACCACAAGAUUUACCAUUAUGUGUUUUUGAUUUGUUUUGUUGAUUUGUGAUUUCAA